AUGGAUGGGAUGAAGGGGGAGGAGGCCAGAAAGAUGGAUGGGAUUAUGGGAGGGUGUAGUGGAGGAGAUGGAUUGGGUGGAUGGAUUGAAGGAUUAGGAGAUGGAUUGGCCCAUCGAUUAGGAGGCAAUGUAGUUCGUGCUGGUCUGAACUCCAACCACCUGCUCAACCCGGAGAUAGGACGAGUUGCAGCCAGUCAAACUCUUAGCAGAGCGGUGAUAGAUUUCACUCCGGAGCCGUACGUCAUUGCGCAAUACGUUAGCGUGGAUAUCCAUGGAAGCGACCCUCAGACUAUGGUCCAGUUGACAGAGGUCAUGGUGGAAGAGGUCAACACGGCCACAAUGAAGCAGGCCACAGGAAAAGGUUUGUUUUUAACUGGUCGCCCAAGCAGUCAGAGUUCAACCUUUACUGACAGCGGUGACAUGAGGCUUGCUUCCAGAGCUGUGGAUGGACACCUUCAGUAUGUCAACCCACACUGUAGCCAAACAAAUGUACAGGAGAGUCCAUGGUGGAUGAUCAAUCUGACUGCUGUUCACUGCAUUAGAAAAGUUGCAAUCAGAAAUAUUGAUGACCUUCACG